AUGGCUAUCUAUCUAUCAUUGACAGUAUGGCUAUCUAUCUAUCUAUCUAUCUAUCUAUCUAUCUAUCUAUCUAUCUGCCAAUAUCUAUCUAUCUAUCUAUCUAUCUAUCUGACAUUAUGUUUAUUAUCUCUCUUUUUAUCUAUAUCACUAUCAUUCACAAUAUGGUCAAUAUCUAUCUGUCUAUCUAUCUAUCUAUCUAUCUAUCUAUCUAUCUAUCUUAAUAUGUUUUAUCUAUUUAUCUAUCUUAGUCUGUUCAAUCUAUCUAUCUAUCUAUCUAUCUAUCUAUCUAUCUAUCUAUCUAUCUAUCUAUUCCUAAAUAGAAAGUUUAUAGAUCUAUCUAUCUAUCUAUCUAUCUAUCUAAAUCGUUUUUACACUACUUUGUUCGCCUAUGUCUAUAGCCAUCUCUCUCUCUCUCUCUCUCUCUCUCUCUCUCUCUCUCUCUCUAGACAAACCAAUGAUACCUGUGCAGGGACAAAAAAAAGUUCAUUCAUAUCUAUCUAUCUAUCUAUGUUUGUUUAUAUCUAUAUCUAUGGAGUAGUCCAGCGCUAUAGAGCUGGAGUUGGAGUCCAAAAUGGCCGAUGCGCAAAGAAAGUGAAUCGCGAUCUAUCUAUCUAUCUAUCUAUCUAUCUAUCUAUCUAUCUAUCUAUCUAUCUAUCAUUGACAAGUAUGGCUAUCUAUCUAUCUAUCUAUCUAUCUAUCUAUCUAUCAUUGACAGUAUGGCUAUCUAUCUAUCUAUCUAUCUAUCUAUCUAUGCUUGUUUACAUCUAUAUCUAUACCGUAGUCCACCGCUAUAGCGCGGGACUUGGUGUCCAAGAUGGCCGACCCGCGCUGCAACUGAAUUGCGCGGUUCUCUGUGAAACUUCUAUCUAUCUAUCUAUCUAUCUAUCUAUCUAUCUACAUCUGUUUUUCUGUCUAUAUAUUUAUCUAUAUAUCACUAUCUAUCUAUCUAUCUAUCUAUCUAUCUAUCUAUCUAUCUGUCUGAUGCACUGUCCUAUCUAUCUAUCUAUCUAUCUAUCUAUCUAUCUAUCUAUUUCAGUCUAUUUCAGUCUAUUCAUAUCUAUCUAUCUAUCUAUCUAUCUAUUUCAGUCUAUUUCAGUCUAUUCAUAUCUAUCUAUCUAUCUAUCUAUCUAUCUAUCUAUCUAUCUAUCUAUUUCAGUCUAUUUCAGUCUAUUCAUAUCUAUCUAUCUAUCUAUCUAUCUAUCUAUCUAUCUAUCUAUAUACAUCUAUCUAUGUGUGUGUGUGUGUGUGUUUGUCUAUCUAUCUAUCUAUCUAUCUAUCUAUCUAUCUAUCUAUCUAUCUAUCUAUCUAUCUAUUACCAUCAAUGACAAAUUAUUUUCAUUAUUUAUGCUUUCCUCUCCUCACGAUAAUCAAAAAGUAACUCUUUCACGUCUUAUUCUUCCUAUUUUCCUCUUAAUCGAAACGAAAUAG